GUUCGGCAUCUUGUCUUCCAAGGGGCCCAGGUAUCCCUUUUCCCGUUCUCACCCAGAGGGGCGAGCCAGAGCCGCGCUGGAAACCCAGUUUCCUGCCUUGUGGCUCUGUUUGUCUUGGACUUUUAUCAAGGAGGAGCAGGGCGGAAAGUUCUACGUGCGGGCGGAGAUGUCAAGCACAGCCCCCUGGCCUUUCUCCCAGCUGAACGGCUCCGAUAAGUAAGUGGGCAGGCCUUGAGCCCCGAGACCCACAGACACACUUGGAUGACUUUACAGAAAUCAUUCGGCCGGUCUCUCCGAGGGCUCUGACUAGCUCCGGAUGCGCCCCCUCCCAGCACCGCGGACAUGGCCAACCAGACCAACGCCUCCACCCUGUACGACAGCUACGAAUACUACUUGGACUAUGUGGACCUCAUUCCCGUGGAUGAGAGGAAGCUGAAAGCCAACAAAUAUCUGAUUGUCAUUGCCUUCUGGGUGAGCCUGGCAUUUUUCGUCAUGCUUCUCUUCCUCAUCCUGCUCUACAUGUCCUGGUCAGGGUCCUCGCAGGUGAGGAACAACGCCCAGCACCACCCAAUACGCCCCUGGAGUCGCAGCCUCAACCUCCCGCUCUGCGUCCGGACACCCCACAGGCUCCCCCGGGCUCGGGCAAGGAGCCAGGCAGCAGAGCAUCCCGCCCUGAGUGGUGGCUGCGGACGGGAGCCCCUCCGCCCUGCCCCACCUGCCCCGCAGACCCACCCUGCUCUCUUCUGGGAGCCGGGUCUCGAUGGGGACCCCCCACAGCAGCAGCUGACAACAGGGACGAGGAGGGGGGACCCCUCCCGGGAGACAGAACCUCAACUGUAGCCUGAGCACCAGCAAACGCCUGCUGAACUCAAACCAACCCGGACACACAAGUGCCUUUGAAAAGCCUGCUUACGUGUAGCAGGAAGCGUGACUGGGUCAAGAUACGCUGUACAAGGGGGCACCGGCAUGCAUCAUCCAGGGCCUGCAGCAGCCCAGCUAGCACGGGGAAGUAGCCCCAGAUGUUGCGGAUUUUUAGUGCAUUUCACCAGCAUACUUACUCCUUAUGCACUUUGGGAAGGGCAAAAAAAUAA